UACACUUCCAUUCCAAGUUUCAAAAGAGAAAAGCAAAACUGAAACCCCAAAAUGUGUAUGGAAUUUCAAACCCUCCUUUCCAUCCACCACCACUUUUUCUGAACCUUCUUCUUCUCUCUCUCUCUCUCUCAUCAGCGUCAUCAUCUGGUUAAUGGAUAUUGAUUUCUUGUGGUCUCUUGGGGGGUGCAUCAGGUUUCUACAUCCAAGAAAUUGCAUGGCAACAUCACUGAUGAGGAUCAACUCAUCAUCAUCUUCUUCUUCUCCAUCACCCUUCUCACUUCUUGAAAUCCCGACAAAACCCCACCAUUUCUUCUUCUUCUUCGGCCUUCUCUUCGUCCUCCUCGCCGUCGUCAGCUCCUCAGGCAGCGACCCCUCCGUGACGGCUGCGGCCUCAUCAGCUCUCCCACCCCAUGAAACCCUUUUCUCAGGCGAAAGGGCUGCUGCCAAAACAGUGGAUUUCCAGCCCAGGAAGAAGGCCAGCAAUCCGCAUGCAUCCAAACCCAAAGGUUACAAAGAUGAUGAUGGUGAUCGUCGUCAGUUUGAAGCAAGUGAUCAUGAGGUUCCCAGUGGGCCAAACCCUAUUUCCAACAGGUAAAAUUGCUAGCCAAGAUCAAGAUGCUGCUGCGGAAGAAGAAAGAUUUGUAACCGGGCGCGAGUUUAAUUACCAUGUAACUAUUCUUGUAUGCUCCACAUCUCUUUCUCUAUGUUUCCAUUAAUAUAUAUAAAUCAGUAGCCAUUAAUAUUAAUUAAUACUUGUCCAUGGUGACAAGUCUGUUAGUUCUGUCAUCAUCCUCCUCGUCGUCAUUUUCACCUUUUUCAAGAUUUGUCUUCUUCAAUCUAUUUUAGGGUUGUAUAGCUUGAGAGAAACCCUCUAUAUAUAUAUGUAUAUCUGCAUGUAUUGGAAUCUGGUGGUAUAUGUUCAGAUCAUGAUGGUAUUUAUACAUAAA